AUGGUGCCAGCGCCGUGGACAUGGAGUGGUAAGCAGCAGCAGGAGUCCAAGCAAGAUUGGAUGUGCAAGUUUUGCACGUUUCGUCGUACUGGGGCUCCUCUCAUCAGCAAUGGGAUCAAUGAGAAGUGCUACAAGUGCAAGCUGCACAAGGGGGUGGCAUUCAAGUGCGUCGUUCCCUCGGACUCUCCCAGCAGGACCAAGCGCAAGGCCGACGGCACCAUUUUUGCAGCGGCUGCAUCGUAUGCCAAGUUGGAGAAGCGCCUGCACCAGCUGGAGGCCGAGAAUGCAAAGCUGCGUGGUUCGCCUGACUCGGGCGGAGGCGACGCGGCAGAGGAGCACAAUGAGUCGGAAGAGCUACGUGAUGAGAUCGACGGUCUCAGCAAGCAUGUGCAGUGGCUGGAGUCGGUCCGCUCCCCUUGGGCGGAGCUACCUCUCAAGGCUGCUCGCGAGCAGCUGGAGGGAGCUCGUCGCAAGCUGUAUGAGAAUAAGCCCUUGCCCGCGAAGCUCACGGCCUUGUCGCGCCGAGCUGAGCAGGCCCGCAUCCGCUACCAGAAGGCGGAGCAGGACAAAGUGGCAGCGGACCAGAAGCUGCUCAAGGCGCAGGAGGAGGCCAAAGCAGCUGCGCAGGUGGUCCUGGAGCGCCAGAAGGUCUGCCUGCAGCUGGAGGAGGAGGUGCGUGCUCUGGCAUCUUCGCAGCCAGCUGAUGAGCCAGGUCAGCAUCAGGCUAUGGACCUCGCGGGCCCUGAGAUCAAGUUGGACGAGGCCAAGGUGCUUUCAGCGCUGGGUGCGAUGGAGGGCGCCGGGGACGCCAGUAAGCUGGCCCCGAAGCUGGCUGAGGUGCUCAAAUCCUGGGCGGCGGAGCUGCUGGAGGAGCCGCCCGACAAGCGAGCCCGCGGGGCAGCAAGCGGAGGUCAACCAGCGGAGCCGCCCCCAGCAGCAUGGGACAUCGACACGAUCGAGGUGGAGCUGCUGCGCAAGGAUGUCGGCACCUUGGCUGACGAGGGUGAAGGCCUGCAGUUCCCCGACUACAGCUGCCUGGACCUGUGCGAGUAUUUGAAUGGAGAAGAGGGCAACACUCUGUUCCACCUGGCCCAGGCGUACCACAUGAGCCCUUUCCUGCUCAUGAUUUGGAGUUGCUCGGUCGAAGUUCAACUUACACAGCGCUUAGCAAGCUUCAGGAGCUCCGCCUCGCAGCAGGUGAGCAGAUCCGACGCGGUCAAGCUUGGGCUCGUGCUCGAGGCUAUCGGCUGGAGCAGGCUAAAGUUUCAGCGCGCUGCAUUCGGCGAUAUGCAGAUUCUCUUCGUUUCGGUUUAUGGAGAGGUGGGAGUGGGCCUAAAGGGCAACGUGGAGCUCCUGGGCGGGCCAGCGGUGUCCCUGCGCAACGGCGUGGUGAUGUCCGUCAUGGCAGGAUGCUGGCGCUCCGGCCGCCGGCGCCCCGCUGCGCGGGUGGCGCUCCCGGCCUUGGCCGCCCUCGCGGCGGUGGCCACCUGUGCGGCGGCCUUCGCGAGCCUAGGCCGCGCAGGCCUGCGGGCGCCGACCCCCGCCCGCGGCCAGCGGCCCCACGCCAGAGCCCCGCCGCCGAGCGCGCGCCGGCGCGCCGAGGCAGACGACAAGGAGAGCCGCCCUGGAGAUGGCAAGUUCUACCAGCUGGGCGGCGACGCCGCUAAUCCCGAGGUAGUCCCCGCCGCGUUCGGGCCGUUCGGCAUCAUCGUGGGCGGCUGGACAGACGACGAGCUGGAGUACACCGUGGCCCCCACCCUGGAGGACUCGGCGGGCCCAGGAGUCCAUAUUCCAGUUCGCGUCCUCGCGCGCAAGGACGUCGACUUGACCCUCGAGGAGGUGCUCGGCAGCAUGGACAGCAUGGACGCGGUCAUGCCAGAUGAGGGCGACGACAUCGUGCUCAGCAG